CUUCAUCAAACCCCGCCCCCGCUCCCGGAACAGGAAGUAUGGAGUGCCACUGCUGCCUCUGCUGACCUGCUGACGUUGGUGCUGCUGUCUGUCCAGAGUGACGAUGGCGUCCACAGAUCAGUCCCUCCUGGAUCUAACAGAUAAAGAAACCCGGGAGAAACUGUCAUUAUGGGAUCGCCGCACCGAUGCCAUGGCUCCCCUCACGGAGAAACAAACGGACUCUGUGCUGGAGAUCCGAACCGCCUCUGAAACGCUCUCUGUCCCGUCAGAGCUACCCAUCGAGGACCUGUGUAGCCUCUCUUCUCGGUCCCUGCAGUCUCCUUUCACAGCGACUGUGCCCGCCUCAACAGAGGACGUCCUGCUCAAGGGUUUCCAGAUGCUUGACAUGGACAGUGACAGGAUAGAAACCGCACAGCAGUUUUUUGCCUGGUUUGCCAAGUUACAGGCAAACAUGGACCAGGACGAGAGCGCAAAAUACAGGAAAACCAGAGAUGAUCUAAACUGCUACCAGGAGCAAUGCGAUGCUAUUCUGAAAGAUGUCAGUGCAGCUCUGGAGCAGUUGGACUCCCUCCAGAAACAGUACCUGUUUGUGUCCAAUAAGACAGGCACAUUACAUGAGGCCUGUGAACAACUCCUAAAAGAACAGGCAGAGCUUGUUGACCUGGCAGAGAGCAUACAGCAGAAACUGUCAUAUUUUAAUGAGUUAGAAAACAUAAACACGAAACUGAACUCACCGACCUUGUCUGUAAAUAGUGAAGGUUUUAUUCCGAUGCUGUCUAAAUUGGAUGACUGCAUUGAAUAUGUUUCUUCGCAUCCCAAUUUCAAAGACUAUCCAGUUUAUCUGGCCAAGUUUAAACAAUGUCUUUCCAAAGCUAUGCACUUCAUGAAGAUCCACAUCGUAAACACUAUACAGAAUCUCACAAGCCAGUUAACAAAAAGGGAUCCAAUGGGUUUGACCAAUGCAGACAAUGCCUUUACACUUUACUACGUUAAGUUUAGAGCAGUUGCACCGAAAGUUAGAUCACUGAUUGAACAGAUUGAACAGCGAGCAGAGAAGAUUCCAGAGUACAGUCAACUCUUAGAUGAAAUCCACCAGUGCUACCUUGACCAGAGAGAGCAGCUCCUCAGUCCCAGCAUCACAUCCACCAUUACUGAGCUGACCAACCAAAACAGCAAAGACCACUGUGCUCUGGUCCGCAGUGGCUGUGCCUUUAUGGUUCACGUGUGCCAGGAUGAACACCAGCUAUACAACGAGUUCUUCUCGAAACCUACACCCAAACUAGACGAGCUGUUAGAGAAGUUAUGUAUGUCGCUGUACGAUGUCCUCCGGCCUCUUAUCAUCCAUAUCAUCCACCUGGAAACUCUGUCUGAGCUCUGCGGUAUUCUCAAGAAUGAGAUGCUAGAAGACCACGUUCAUAACAACGCUUCUCAGUUGGGGGCCUUUGAUGCAGUAGUGAAGCAGAUGCUGGAGGAUGUUCAGGAGAGGCUGGUCUACAGGACUCACAUUUACAUCCAGACUGAUAUUACAGGCUACAACCCAGCUCCAGGGGAUCUGGCUUAUCCUGAAAAACUGGAGAUGAUGGAGAGAAUUGCUCAGAGCUUGAAGGAAGAGCAAAUGAAGCAGAUGUCACAAGAAUCCACGUUUUCUGAUGUUCAGCUUGAGGAUCCUGAUGGCAGAAGAAAUAGUAAUGCUGGGAAUGUAGAAGCAUCACGCCUACAGACCUCCAUCUCUCCUGCUGAUCUGCACGGCAUGUGGUACCCUACUGUCAGACGAACGCUGGUUUGUCUGUCCAAGCUUUACAGAUGUAUAGAUAGAGCAGUCUUCCAGGGUUUAUCUCAAGAAGCCUUAUCUGCCUGCAUCCAGUCGCUUCUUAAAGCCUCUGAUAUCAUCCUUAAAAACAAGACGCAAAUAGAUGGGCAACUUUUCCUGAUCAAGCACCUGCUAAUAAUGCGUGAACAGAUUGCUCCAUUUCACACCGACUUUGCCAUCAAGGAAAUCUCACUAGACCUGAAGAAAACUCGGGACGCUGCCUUCAAAAUCCUGAACCCUAAGGCUGUUCCCAAAUUCUUCCGACUCAACAGUCACAACGCCAUACUUGAAUUCCUUUUGGAGGGAACACCAGAGAUAAAGGAGCACUACAUCGACUCUAAGAAGGAUGUGGACCGACACCUGAAGUUCAGCUGUGAGCAGUUUAUUCAGCAGCAGACUCAGAUCUUUGUUGGGAACCUUGAGGAGUUUCUGACCAAGGUUGCAGCUCUUAAAACCAUGGCCAUCCAGGGGGGUCCCACAUACAGUCUGUCUCAGCAACCUUGGGCACAACCAGCAAAGAUCAACGAUAUAGUGAUGGCAACCUACCGGGUGAUGAAGAGCAAGCUGCCAAGCACUUUACAGAGCAUGUCCUUGUACUUGGCCAAUAGAGACACAGAGUUCAUCCUUUUCAAGCCUGUCCGGAAUAACAUUCAGCAGGUAUUCCAACGACUGCACACUUUGCUUCAGGAGGAAUACAGUGGAGAAGACCUUCAAAUCAUUGCAUGUCCAUCUAUGGAGCAGAUUAACCUGCUGCUGUCUGUGAAUAAGUAAUGCCCAAGUUCGACGUGGCGAUGCUGGUGAACACCCCCCACCAUAGCAAUGUAAUGUUGCAACUCCAGCUGUGACCAGGAGCUAUGAGAUGGAGUAGGCAGGAUGACCAGAGAGCGGCACCUGAGCUGCAAUCUGAACUGAAUGGUAACGGUAAAAAAAAGUCCUGCACAAGGCCAAAGAUUUUGACUCAAGCAGCUAUGAGUUUGUCGAGCAAUUCAUAACAAACUGCGAAGUGGAGGUUAUUUCUUUGGGUACUGGGUUUAAUAUUUUAUUUGACUAAGACUGAAGAUGGUGUUGUGAUUAGGGUCAUGUAGGAGUAAUCCAUCUGUACAUGAGUGGAUUUGUGAUCACAGUUGCAUCUCUCCUAACACCAAUUUAUUUUGAAUAAAAAGAAUUAGCACACUGUGUGAGGGUGGAUGGUGGGGGGUUGAGGGUUAGCAGGGUGAAUUAUGCCUGAGUGUUCAGACAAGGACACUUUGGGUGUGCAAAUAGAGGAACUAAAGGGUUGUUCAUCAGCCAGGUAGCUAAUGGCCAGUAAGGGGGCUUGCAUCCAGAUGCCCAGAUUCCCUUGAUGGUUUUGGAAGGAUACGAGGAGAAAAAUGCUGCAAGAUAUUUUAUUCGCCUAUUUUUAAAAUGUAACAGUCUUUGUAAGGUUCAUUAAAACUCUACGGUUGCCUGUGCUACGUGAUGCUCAGGUCCAACAUGUUUCCUUCUCUGAUCAUAGAAAAAUCUAUACAGCUGUUCUUUACAUGUCAGAUGUUUUCUUAAAGAUUCUUCCGUAGUCUUCUUGUGGAUUUUGUUAACUAAUU